AUGCAGGCGCCGAUGAUCUCGGUGCCGUUGAAGGCCACCAACGAGAUAGACUGGAUACAACCGCUGAAGAACUACAUCCGGGCCACAUAUGGGGAUGAUCCGGAACGGUAUAAUGAAGAGUGCGCCACUCUGAACCGGUUACGGCAGGAUAUGAGGGGCGCGGGCAAGGACAGCGCCGCUGGACGGGAUCUCCUCUACAGAUAUUACGGGCAGCUCGAAUUACUGGAUCUUCGAUUUCCCGUGGAUGAGAACCACAUCAAAAUUUCUUUCACCUGGUUCGACGCUUUCACCCACAAGCCCACGUCCCAAUACUCCUUAGCCUACGAGAAGGCCUCGAUCAUAUUUAACAUCUCUGCGGUGCUAUCAUGUCAUGCAGCACAACAGACCCGAUCGGAGGACUCCGGUCUCAAAACAGCAUACCACUCAUUUCAAGCAUCUGCGGGCAUGUUCACAUACAUAAACGAGAACUUCCUACACGCCCCGUCCACAGAUCUCAGCCGCGAUACGGUAAAGACUCUUAUACAGGUCAUGUUGGCUCAGGGCCAGGAGGUAUUCCUGGAAAAGCAAAUUGCCGACGACAAGAAGGUUGGGCUUCUGGCGAAACUUGCGAGUCAAGCUGGAUAUCUCUAUUCUCAGGCGGUUGAGGGCACGCAAGAUAAUGUGAAUAAAGCCAUUUUUGAGAAGGUGUGGCUGCUCGUGGUUCAGAUCAAAUCAAAUUACAUGACAUCCUUAGCUCAGUACUAUCAAGCUUUGGCAGAUGAUGAUGCAAAUUCCCAUGGAGUAGCGAUCUCCCGUCUACAAGUCGCCGAGACCGCUGCUAGAGAUGCAACCAAGUUGGCAAAUUCAUUUCCUGGGAAUGUCCCGGCAAACUCCAAUCUCAACUCGGAAACCGGGGCAGCUCUUGUUGAAAUUACCAAACGCCAUCUCGCCAACGUUCAGGAACAAUUAACUGCCCUCGUUAAAGACAACGACUACAUUUAUCAUCAAACUGUACCGGCAGAGGCUGCUCUUGCAGUUAUUCCAAAACUUCCAGCGGCCAAGGCGAUUCCGGUCAGUGAACUGUAUGCCGGACAAGAUAUACAACGUAUUACGGGUCCGGAUAUCUUCCAAAAGAUUGUUCCGAUGUCGGUCACGGAAUCGGCAAGUUUGUAUGACGAAGAGAAGGCGAAAUUGAUUCGAGCUGAAACGGAGAGGGUCGAAACCGCGAACAGCGAAAUGGAUGCAAGUCUGGACUAUUUAAGGCUACCCAAUGCUUUGCAGGUUCUAAAAGGCGGAUUUGACCAAGAACUGACUGUCGAUGAUGAGUUUCGUGGGUGGUGCGACGAUAUAGCAAGCCAAGACCGUCCUCUGGCUACUUUCGACUACUUGAAAUCGAAGAAAGAGGAUGUCGUAACCGUGCUGGAUCGGAGUAGCAAGCAGCUGGACAUGGAAGAGAGCGUAUGCGAGAAGAUGCGAUCCAAAUAUGAAGCGGAUUGGACACAACAGCCAAGCUCUAGAUUAACAUCCACCCUUCGCAACGAUAUUCGAAAUUAUAGAGAGGCCCUUGAUGAGGCAGCAAGGAGUGACAGUCAACUUUAUGCGAAAUUUCGACAGCACGAAGUAGAAUUUGGUGAGAUGCGUUCAGCUGGUGAAACUGGCGAGGCCGAUGUGCUCUUCCAAAAGGCCCAUAUUCAAGUUGGCGGGAAGUCAAGAAAUGCUGGGAGCCCAACUGGUGGCCAAGGGAAUCUACUAGAUGAUGACUUCGAGGAAACUGGUCUCAGUGUUAUGGACCAGGUUUCUAAGGUAGAAGAGAUUCUCAAAAAGCUGAAUCUGCUAAAGCGUGAGAGAUCCCAGGUCCUAAAAGACUUGAAGGAAAAGGUUCAUAACGACGACAUCUCGCAAGUCUUAAUCCUUAACAAGAAGGCCAUAUCCACGUACGAGACGCAGCUUUUCCAAGCGGAGCUCGAAAAGUUUCGACCCCACCAACAUCGGCUCCUCUCCGCAAACCAUAAACAAUCAUCGCUCAUGAAGGAGCUCACAGCGACCUUCAAUACUUUGUUGCAGGACAAGCGAGUCCGGUCAGAGCAAAGCAAAUAUGAAAAUAUUACACGGCAGCGAUCUGCCGUUAUGUCAAAAUAUAAGCGGAUUUACCAGGAAUUUUUAGAUCUUGAGGCUGGACUCCAAAGUGCGAAGCAAUGGUACAGCGAGAUGAAAGAUACCGUGGAUAGUCUAGAUAAGAAUGUUGAGACAUUCGUAAACAAUCGGCGAUCGGAGGGCGCCCAGCUGCUCAACCAGAUUGAGCAAGAACGAGCUGCCAAUGCCAACGGGAAAGCUGAUAAGGAACGCGAACGUCUUCGGGGGCUUAUGGAGCGUAUGUCAAUGGAUCCCACUUCAACAUCACCGUCAUCCGGCCACCCCGCUAGAUCUCAAUCGACAUCAUAUCAAAACCCAUCGCCAUCAACCAGAUAUCCUACCACGAACUUCGCAGGCCAGUACCAAGUCCCCACCUCGCCACCUCCACAAACCACGACACACCCUCAGUCAGCCCAUCCAUCGUUCGCUCCUUCAAAUGGAUCUCAAUUUGCCCAACAACCUCAGAAGCGGCACCCACCCGAUAUAUACAUUGCCCAGCAGCAUGGAUCACAACCUCAAGGAGGGUACAACCCAAGCAUGUAUCCACCUCGUGAUCCAAACCAACCCAUAUCACCACCUCCAGGCCAGACCCAAUUCGCACAGAUGUCACCACCGCCGACAAAGACUCAAUUUGCGCAAAUGUCGCCGCCUCCAACCCAAACCCAAUUCUCGCAAAACCAAUAUGGGAGACAACCCCAAUCACCUAUGCCCCACCAGCAAUUCAACGUACCUCCAGGCUAUAUUCCACCACCUCCUCCCCCAGGACCACCACCGCUUGGGCCCCAGCAAACGUUCCCGCAACCCGGUGCCAUGGGCCAUGGAGAGUAUGGGCAUGGACAGAAUACGAUGCAGCAACGUCAGAACUCGGGGCAAGGCUCGAACGAUCCAUGGGCGGGGCUUAAUGCAUGGAGGUAG